GUCAUCAACGAGCGACAAAAUCCAUUGAACGUAAAAGUUCCCGGAAGUAAUUUUGGUAAACACACGUUUGCAUUUUGUUAUGCUGUUGUGGCAUGCAAGUUACCCUUUUCUAAACUAUGCCGAAACUCUUUGCGAUAAAAUUUACAGAACAAUCUAAUACGGGAGGAUUUUGGUCUGCCAUUGAUGUUUGGAUAAAGAAACCACACGUUGUGAACAAACGUCUUUGUGGUGUCAAAGAGACACAGAGUAAGAAUGUUGGCUGUGAAGAACUGAGAAACAUCCUGCUAACUCAUGGAAGUGAUACUUCAGAGUCCAAGGAUGUUCUUACCUUCUUGAAUAGUGGCGUUGAACUCGAACAUGACCAGGAGAGACUGUGGUCUUUUUGUGUGAGGACAUUCAUUCCUAAAGUAAACUGUUAUGGCACAACUGUACAUAAAGAUAUUAUACUCAAAGACUUUAACACUCAAAGAGUAAGCUUCUUACCAGUUGAAGAGAGUGAGGAAGGGACUGCCUCUUUACGGAAGAACAACAUCUAUCAGAUACAUCUCCUGGCUGAGAAGAGUGAUGAAUGGACACUAGAGUUACAUCUCAUGCGGCCUGAUAACUGGUUCAGUGACGGGGUGGCCUACCCCAAACUGCCCUGGCUCAGUGGGGAGCUCCUGCCCAAACUGGUGCGCUGGGCCACGGAGAGUAAGACCAGUGAGUUCAAGAGCACCCUGUCUCUCCUGCCAGUAGAGAAGUACAGCAUCAUGUACCAACGGCUGAAAGACAAGUACAAGGAGAUGGUCAAGGUAUGGCCUGAAGUGACGGAUCCAGAGAAGUUUGUCUUUGAAGAUGUUGCCAUCGCUACCUAUCUUUUGGUCCUAUGGGGUGAGGAGCGAGCGGUGAAGGGUCUGACCGUCAAACAGUCCUUUGUGGAUCUUGGUUGUGGAAAUGGUCUCCUGGUUCACAUUCUAAGCAACGAAGGGCACCCUGGAAAGGGCAUUGAUGUGAGGAAAAGGAAGAUCUGGGAUAUGUACGGCCCCCAAACACAUCUAGAGGAAACGGCAAUCACUCCCGGUGAUGGCUUCUUAUUCCCGGGCACAGACUGGCUGAUUGGAAACCACUCGGACGAGCUCACACCGUGGAUCCCCGUUAUAGCGGCCAGGUCAUCCUUCUCCUGCCGGUAUUUUGUCCUGCCGUGCUGCUUCUUUGACUUCUAUGGGAAGUACCAGCGGAGACACUGUAAGAAGUCCCAGUAUAAGGAAUACAUUGACUUCAUCUCUGAGGUCAGCACAGCCUGUGGGUUCAACACAGAGGAGGACUGCCUGAGAAUCCCCUCCACAAAGCGGGUGUGUCUGGUAGGAAAGUCGAGGAGCUACCAGCUGUCGGAUGAGCCGCAGGCAGAGGAGGGGAGAGACAAGUAUAUACAGGGUCGUCAGCCCUGCUCCGGGGUCACAGUUCGAGAGUCAAAUGUCGAGGAUGAAGCCGAGCACCACCACGACCACUCAGAGACUGACAGGAUCCACGGCACCAACUGGGGAGCUGGAUUCCAGCCCCGAGAGAGGAUCGAGACAGUGCGGAACUGUGCCGCCCUUCCCCGGGACUUUGUAGAUGGUAUAGUCCUACGUGUGGCCACCUCUCUGCUGGGGUUGACCAAGGACGAAGGUGGGGAUGUCCCCGGCACCUGGAACAUGGGAGGCAGGCUGUCCGUGAGAGAGGUGGCUGAGUUGUUGGAGCAGGAGACUCUGCAGGUCCUGAAGAAAGAAUGUGGCGGUCUGCAGACCCUGCUCAAGAACAACCACCAGGUAUUCAGAGUGGAAGGUGGUAUGGUCCAUAUCCGGGACUGGCGGGUACAGGCCCAUAGGCCUAGAGGGCUGCAGGGUACCAGGGCUGAUUCUAAGCGGAAGCACCUAAUCUCUGGUGCCCUGAAGACCCGGGCCUGCUGGUUCCACGUCCACCACCCUCACGGAUGCCCACUGCAGGCCGAGGAGUGUGCCUUCGCCCAUGGCCCAGACGAUCUCCGACCUUCCACCAGACCACUCAAGAAAAUGAAGUACUCCAACUGAACACGCAAUUCAGUUUGGACCAUUAUUGCAAUGUUUUAUUUCAAUUGUACAAUUUUUUUUUUAGUAUAUUUUUUUUAGAUGUGGAGUUGAUGCUACAAGAAUAGCUGUGACUGUCAGUCAUACAUACAGUGCGGCCCAAAAUUAUUGACACCCUUUGAUAAGGAUAAUUGAAAUACCCAGCUAUAUUGUAAGUGAAAAAAAUGAGGAAAGAGAUUUUGUUUAGCAGUAAUACUUUAUUUUCUCAAACGGUAGGGGUUGAAAUGUUUGACAUCUCUAAAGAUUCUUAUAAAUAAAGUAGUCAAAAGUUGAGUAUUUGGUCCCAUAAUCCUAGCACGCAAUGACUACAUCAAGCUUGUGACUCUACAAACGUGUUGGAUGCGUUUACAGUUCGUUUUGGUUGUGUUUCAGAUUAUUUUGUGCCCAAUAGAAAUGAAUGUUAAAUAAUGCAUUGUGUCAUUUUGGAGUCACUUUUAUUGUAAAUAAGAAUCGAAUAUGGGACCAAAUACUAAACCUUUGACUACUUUAUUGAUAAGAAUCUUUUUUAUCCGAGCAAUUGUAUUAGAAUAAAAUAAUAUAAUUUCCCAUUUUUGGGGGAUAAAAUACAGCUCAGUAUUUUAAUAGAUUCUUUUUCCACAGUCAUUAUUGCUCAUCUUUAUCAGCAGGUGUCAAUAAUUUCAGACCCCACUGUACAUACAUACUUGCGCUUGUAACUAAAUCCGCAUAUCGAAAUUUUGAGACCUAAGUCUGGUUAGAUAAGUACAUUUGAGUUUUUAGUAGUGGAGCUACUCUGCUAUUUGGUUUGCAGAUCUCAAAUAUAACAUCUCAAAUAUAAACAA